AUGGACCUUAAUUAUUUGCAAAUUCAGAUUCGUCAAGCUCGUCAUGUGCUUUGUGAGCCUGGACAGAAGUACUGCUACGAUGGCAUCAGUUCUCAUGGAAAGUGUGAGUGCCAAAGCAGCUUAUGCAUCUGCGUAAGUGCCACUUCUCCAUCUGCUUCAUCGAGCGCACCACAAAUCCCGGGACAGCAAUUUCCGAUACAACAGCCAAGUCAGUGGGCACAGGUACCAGGGCAACAGACAUUUGGACAGUGGACACUAGGACCAGGACAACAGGUACAGGGGCCAGGACAGCAGAUACAAGGGCCAGGGCAAUGGGUGCAAGGACCAGGACAAUGGGUGCAAGGACCAGGACAGUGGGUGCAAGGGCCAGGGCAACAAAUACCAGGACCAGGGCAGUGGAUACAAGGGUACCAGUGUAGUCUUACACUUUCGUAG